AAGCAGAGCCAUUAGAUCUGACCGCUAGGUUUAUAACAAUGGAGGCUCUUCCCCGAUGUUUCUUUUGCUCCUCCCCGUUGCCGCCAAAGUCGGAUCUUGGAGCGCCGAAGAGGGGGAGCGCGAUGGUCUAUGUGAAAACCCAGAAGACUAAAGCUUACUUCAAGCGUUUUCAAGUGAAGUUCAAGAGAAGAAGACAGGGGAAGACUGACUAUCGUGCAAGGAUUCGUCUGAUAAAUCAGGACAAGAAUAAAUAUAACACACCCAAGUAUCGAUUCGUCGUUCGAUUUACCAACAAAGAUAUUAUUGCACAAAUAAUAUCUGCAAGUAUUGCCGGUGAUUUGGUCCUUGCAGCAGCUUAUUCCCAUGAACUCCCUCGAUAUGGACUUGAAGUGGGUCUUACCAAUUAUGCAGCAGCUUAUUGCACUGGGCUUCUCCUUGCUCGCCGUGUUUUGAAGAUGCUUGAAAUGGAUGAGGAAUAUGAAGGAAAUGUGGAGGCUACUGGCGAAGAUUUUUCUGUCGAACCUACCGAGAGCAGGAGGCCGUUCCGUGCUCUCCUUGAUGUUGGCCUUGUGAGAACCACGACAGGCAAUCGUGUGUUUGGUGCUCUCAAGGGUGCAUUAGAUGGUGGUCUGGAUAUCCCUCACAGUGAUAAGAGAUUUGCUGGUUUCUCGAAGGAUGAGAAGCAGCUUGAUCCAGAGGUUCACAGGAAAUACAUUUUUGGUGGCCAUGUUUCCUCUUACAUGAGGAUGUUGAUGGAGGAUGAGCCAGAGAAGUACCAGACUCAUUUCAGUGAAUAUGUUAAAAGGGGUAUUGAGCCUGAUGACAUAGAAGAGCUAUACAAGAAAGUUCAUGCUGCCAUUCGAGCAGAUCCAAAUAUGGUGAAAUCCACUAAGGAGCCUCCAAAGGAGCACAAGAGGUUCAACUUGAAGAAGCUAACAUACGAGGAGAGGAAGGCCAGACUUAUUGAACGAUUGAAUGCCCUCAAUGCAAAUGCCAAUGAUGAUGCUGAUGAGGAUGAUGAUGAUGAUGAGUGAAAGUCCAGCAGUGUUUAGGUUUAGGAUUUGUCGGUCCGCAUCAAUUUGUUGUGGGUUUUUACCCUAGUUUAUUUGGAAACUUAAAGUUUUAUUUUUUGUGUCAAACAGUUUCUUGGAAUUCUUGUUUUUCAAUUUCUCGAGUUAUAAAAUUUUGUUUGAGGUAGCUGAAAAUUUCUUCACUUUUAGAUUAUUUCGUGUCCCUUGGUGGUGGUUCUGAAAUCUUUUUGGAAUGGCAUCCAUGGAAGAAAGUGUGUAUGCCUUUCGGCAAAUUUAACUCAAAUUUAAUUAAUCUUGGGUUUACGCUGGUA